AUGAUUAUCAAGAGGGGCAGGAUAUACUACACCACUAUAAACUGCGUCUAUUUGACGUUAGAUAUCCGAUAUCUGUACGGUGCGGUAGACGACUGGAAAAAGCUAUACCGUCAAGCAUUUACCCACGUACGGUCAGGAGGUUGGGUCGAAAGUCUUGGGAUCGACAUCGAAACACACAGCGAGAACCCCAAGAUCGAGAAGGACGAAAGCCAUAUUUUCAAGAAAUGUUGCAAACUAUUCCUUGAACGCGGCCGUAAAACUGGUCGAACUUGGGAGAUUGCGCGGGAUGGUCGUCAAGAGGAGUGUAUGCGAGAAGCAGGAUUUACAGAUCUAUUUUCCAAAUCGUGGAAGCUGCCAGUUGGAGGUUGGCCUCAAGACAAGAAGCUGAAACAGAUUGGUCUCUAUAAUGGAGCUUUUAUUGACCCCUCCGUCGAUGCUUUCGCCAUCUUCCCAGUUGGAGAGAUCCUGGGUUGGUCGAAAGAGGAGGUUACGGUUCUGGUCAGCCAGAUGCGAAAGGCACUCAGGGAGCCAAGAGCGCUGCCCUAUUUUAAUGUUCGUAUGGUCUAUGGUCGAAAACCUGAGAGAACUCCUGAGACUGCUUGA